CGCAUAAACUUUCAAGAGCAGUUUGACAAAGACAGAGAGGCGAUGAUAAACAAAGGCCGCCUCUAGAGUCUCCUUCUCUUACUAUGUGAGUUGCCCGCGUCUUUGCCACAAUAAUGUCCAAGGCACAUCCAAAGAAAAAGGAGUCAUCUUCCAGCAAAGUGUCUUUAUCCGACCGGCAGACGGAAGCAGCGUCUCUAGCAGCCACUUCCUCUGAGAGCCUAGGAGGUGUGGGGAAAUACAGGGUCCCCAUUUGGCCCGAGUGGAAUGAUGCAGACGUCAACAGGGAGAAAUGGGACUCAAACAGAGGUCCUGAGGAUGGCAAGCCAACCAAGAGUCCUAGUGCUCCAUUUUUUGAGGAUCCCGAAGGAAAGCUUCUUCUGCCUCCGUGUUUAAAAGUUCACACCUGGAAGCGCCCAGCAGAGUUUAUUGUUGACAAGACUCCCACUGUCGUUGACAAUCAAAUGACAUUUGACCUAGUCUCCCCUAAUUGUCAUCUGCUUUGUAGUGAGCUGAUGAGGUGGAUUGUCAGCGAGAUCCACAUUCUUUGGAUGCAGUUUAACUGCCCAUCUACAGAGGACGAGGGAUGGAGACCUUGGGGGCACAUCUACUCUAUGUGUAAGGUGGUGAAUGGUCAUGUGCCACUUUUCAACAGCUAUGGCAAAUACAUCAUCAGACUUUACUGGAUGGGUUGUUGGAGGAAGAUAUUAGUGGAUGAUUUUAUGCCAUUUGAUGAGGACAAUAACCUGCUUCUCCCUGCCUCUACCUGUCAGUCAGAGUUAUGGCCAAUGCUGCUGGCUAAAGCUCUAAUUAAAGUGGCAAACACAAAUUUGUCAGAUGUCUGCGGGGGGAUGGACCAGUUCACUUUUAUCCACACCCUCACCAGCUGGAUUCCAGAAACUCGUCCUAUAAAGUCAGUGUACUUGAGAGAAAUUUGGGAUUUCUUACAACACUCCACUCCUACAUUUAAACACCUGGAUGACAGUUUGCCAGUGACAAAGCCUGAGCCCACAGAUGCAGCUCAAGUCAAGGAUUCCACCCUAAGUAACACAGACCCUGACAUAGUGGUUUGUGCUGCCUGCUACCCUUUUCAACUACAUAACGGUUCCUUUGGGUUUCGCCAAAUGGCUAAUUCCUCUGAAUUUCUACGUCGUUAUGGCCUCUCCUUGCUACACAGCCAUGCUGUCCUGUUGACUCGUACCCGCACAUGCCCGCUAGAGUCACCACCCAAACCUCCACCUGUGCCCAGUUGGAAACUCAUCCGUCAGCCCAAGGAGAUCUUGGUCACUGCUGAACCAAAGAAGAUCCCUUUGUCAAAACCAGAGCAGUUCAUUGAGGUUGCCAGCCCUUUUCUCUCCUACCGUACCAGGAGCAGCGGGGGCUCAGUUCCAGAGCCAGAGACCAAGCAAAACACUCCCAGGAAGUGUUCCCACAGAUCCCCUCUGGUCUCCAUUACUGAGGAAGAGGAGACUGAAUGUCAAGAAGGCCUUGAGCUUGACGCGGCUGAAUGCACCACUAACUCACCAAACUGCACUGACAAAAUGGAGGUUACUGCAGAGGACAAGAAGAACAGUGAUGACAUCUCCAAUGAUAGGCCCCAAACUGAAAUCAAAAAGCCUGUAACUGAGGAAUCCUACUAUGCUAAUAACAAGCCGGUCCUACAGAAGACCUGGGUUGACCUGGAGGACUUUGAUAAAUGCUUUCAGACUCUCUUGGUGUUUCAUAAACCACAGACUUACCAGCAUCAUAUUCAGAAAUCACAUUUUAAGAAUACUGUCCUCUCCAAAACAACAGUAGCCGUCAAAUGCAGUGGAUCAUCCACACAGACACUUAGCUCUGGAUCCCUUGCUGUAGCAAGCCCUGAACAGUGUCCAGAGGUGAGAGGCACUUAUUACCUGUGUGUGGACAGCCUGCAACCUUCCCAGAUCCUCAUCAGCUUCUCUUCUCUUCUUCUCUGGGAACAUGCAGCUGAGGAGAAACAGGAAAUGUCAGCAGCACGUAGGUCUGCAGUUCUCAUCGCCGUGCCACACUCCUGGACAAGUCUGCAGUCUCAGCUGCCAGUUCUCUCCAUCAAGACCACCUCCACAAAGGCAGCUGUGUUAAACUUGCCCUCGGGGCGGCAUGUGCUGUGCAUCCACAUAAAUGCAGCAUUGGGUUACCAUGUCCACCUCUGCAGCGAGACACCAUUUAUCUUUGGAGAAGAAGAAACCAUCAUGCCACACCUUACAAAGGAAAGUGCCCAUUUCACUGAGCAGGCCUCUUCCAUCUUUAGGGCCCUGUCCAGAUUGGUGGCUUCUUUUAGUGAUAAGCAGCAGCAGCCAGCACUAAGAAAGGAUCUGGAAGAAACUCACUGUCCCAGAAACAUCAGCACCACCCAGGAAAAAUGGGAGCACUGCAAGGUGUUUAACUUGGCAGUUUACCACAUGCUGCGUGAGGCUCUGGGGAGGAAGCUGAAAGCAGACGAGCAGUUUGCUGUACAAGCUCUCACUGCUGACCCUUCACUGUUCCCUGAAGAUGCUGGAUUCAGAGGGCACUUAGUGCCCGAGAUCCUUGAUGCCUCAAAACCUGGAACGAAGGAGAACCUCAAUGCCUCCAAGAUCCUUUCAUCCGUGUGGUCGACAAUUGAAUCUGACGCACAAGAACAUGCAGCUUUCUUGCUGAGGCAUAUCAUCAACAAUUCUAAGAGGAAAGCGGACCUCUACCCAUGUCUACGAGAUGAAUCGACUAAAAUCGCCUUUGCUGAUUACACUGUCUCUCUUCCAGACACAGCCAACUCAUGGGUCUUGGUCUUUAGAGAGAUUUUCCUGGAACCACUUCCAAAGCUGUCCCGUGACACCCCAGUUAGUGAAUUCUCAGUAGAGGAAUUCCGGGAUUAUUACAUUCCAAAUAACAAAAAUCUCAUUUGUUGUUACAGAGUACAUGUAACAACAGACACUGUAGCAACCGUUCAGCUUCAGACUUCCCACCCAGAUGUAUUGAUACGUCUAUCCAUUCUGGACCAUGAGAAACAAGUAGCUGACAAAACCGGGAAGGGCCAUGUGGUGAUUCCUGUUUUUUUCUUCCUGGCGAACAAAGACACCGAAGAAAAUAAACAGGAGCAGUCUCCUUCGGAGAACACUCUCCAGCAAAACGAAGGGGAAGACAGCGCAGUUAAAAAAUCUAUCUCCUCAUCUGACCAGUACCAGCCUCCCACAGAGACUAUGGUUCACAAGUACGUGGUGCAGGCAGAGGUGCUUUAUAAGACCUGGAAUCUGAGUGAAUCCCAGUUGGCUUUUGCUUGUUCAGUCAAAGACUUGGAGAACAAUGAGACAAGAGAAAAUAAGCUUGAGGAUAUAAAGCGUUCAUCUACCACUAGCACACCAAAUCGUGACGGCCUCAAGUCUGAUGCAACCAAAACCCAGCGCAAAACCAAAGGAGACAAGGGGAAGCCAGCUGCCACUAACGAAACGAGCCUUGACCUAACUAAACCACACUGGAUGCUACGUGUUGUCACGGACAACAGCAAAGCAAAAGGCAUCGACGUUAAGAGAGACACAGAAAGAAUAGACCAGAUUAAAGCCAUUAAAAAAGCAUGGGAAAUGGCCGAGCCGGGACGCUCUGCCAAGGCUUUUCAGUCUCGUCUCCAUUUUCUUAAACAAGUGCAGCAAAAAGAGUGUGGUGAUGCUGCUACAGAGGAAAACAAAGAUCCUGAUGCUUCAAGACCUGGUCAAGACAUCUCUCAGAGUGCAUCCAAUCAGAAGUUGACUGACACCCCCUGCUCCUUUCCUCACAUGGACUACAGUCACUUUACCAGACACCAAAAGGAUUCUCCAGUGGUGAUGGACUCGCACAUAGAAGAGGCCCAGCAGAGGGAGCGCACUGAAAAGAUCCAGACUUACCGGUUGGUCCGAGAGCAUGUGUUGGAGUGCAGAAAACAGGAGGCGUUCAACAGGAAGGAGCUAAUGAAACGUCAGCUGGAGAUGUAUCAAAACAUGCAGGCAGCCUUUGAGCAGCGCUGUAAGAACUUUCACAAUACGUGCGAAGCAUUUAAUAGCCGUCAUCGAGCAAGCAUCAAAAAGGAACAAGAAGAGAAGGAGGCUCUGGAGGACGCCCAGUCGACAGCUCUGGAAAAAGCAGCCUUCACCUCUGCUUCUGCACAGCCACCCAACAAGCAAGACAAGAAUACUGGCAAGGAGAAAUGAUAGUCUUUAGCACCAACAUCCAGUUUCAAUUCUCCUCAGUAGACAUCUCAGAAGUAGUCACACUGAAUUAUCGUCAUUGUGUCCCAGCAUAGUUUACGUGCACCUUACAAAACAACAUCAGAUGGGACGUUUAUUUGUUCACCAUUCAGUGCGUUCGCCUUUUCACUACACCUUUAACUUUGAACUUAACUUUGAAACGACUAGUUGCUCUAACUAUAGUGUUUAUUAAAUGUUCUAGUUUGAUAGUAGUUGAACAAAGAUGUCCACACAAUUAUAAUAUUUAGAUCAUAUCCCGUAAGAUAUUUAAUGUGUUCUUUACCUAUACUGUUCAUUAAUAGCUAUGAAAGCAGGAUUUGUAGUUUUUAUUCAUUUGAAUCUAAAGUGAAUGUUCACUGUCCAUGUUUUCUCUGUGCUCUACACAAGAAUAAAACACGUUUCAAAUUCUCUUGCUGAAA